AAAAUGUAGAUAUAUUUCUAAUAUGGCUGCUUGGUAAAACGGUUAUUGCCCUACAGAGAUUAAAUAUCUGCUGAACAGCCUACAAUCUAAAAGGGUAAGUCAAGUAUUUAGACGAUGAUGUAUGUUUUAAUAUUAUACAUUUAGUAUAUUUAUAAUGACUGCCAUUCCGGUGAUUUGACGGUAUUAACCAGAAGUCAAGUUAAGUGUUUCACAUAAAUCCUACUUAAACACAAUUAUUGAGAUUGGUACCUAUCGUUAUUUCUUAUUUUUUAUGUUAACAUUAACAUACAAAAACCAACUACUUGAUAAUUAAGAAAAAUGUUACUCGUUUACAGAGUAAACUGUUGUUCUAAAUAUGGCUGAGGUUAUUUCCGUUCUACUAAAAAUAGCUGUAGAUGUUUCUAAUAUGGCUGCCUGGUAAAACAGAUGUUGCCCUACAAAGAUUAAAUAUCUGCUGAACAGCCUACAAUCUCAAAGGGUAAGUCAAGUAUUUAGACGAGUAUGUUUAAAUAUUAUAAAUUUGAUAUAUUUAUAAUGAUUGUCAUUCCGUUGAUUUGAUGGUACAUUAUGUAUUAACCAGAAGUCAAGUUAAGUGUGUCACAUAAAUCCUUCUUAAACACAAUUAUUGAGAUUGGUACUUAUCGUUAUUUCUUAUUUUUAUGUUAACAUUAACAUACAAAAGCCAACUACUUGAUCGUUAAGAAAAAUGUUACUCGUUUACAGAGUAAACUGUUGUUCUAAAUAUGGCUGAGGUUUAUUCCGUUCUACUAAAAAUAGCUGUAGAUGUUUCUAAUAUGACUGCGUGGUAAAACGGAUGUUGCCCUACAGAUAUUAAAUAUUUGCUGAACAGCCUACAAUCUAAAAGGGUAAGUCAAGUUUUUAGACGAUGAUGUAUGUUUAAAUAUUAUACAUUUAAUGGAUUUAUAAUGACUACUGACAAGAAAUGUGUAUCUAUAUCUCAACAAAUGUUACUGACAACAAUAAAGGAAAGGAUUAACAGGCAAGCUAGGCCUAUACCAGUACCCUCAUGUAAUGCAAAACCAUGAAUAUAUAUCAAAGUGGCUAGUUUUAUAUACCUAUAUAAGUUGUGUUUGUGUGUGUAUCUUAGUUGUUAAAGUAGAUACUGUUACGCUUCGAAAACCUAUUUUACGAUUAAUAGUCACAAAGAAAAUACCCUGAAUUCAAAGAAAAAUAUUGAGAUAAAGGAAAUAAAAAAGGACCUACAACACAAUAUUUCUGUAAAUUUUCAUUAUCUACCUUUUUGCUACUCGGAAUUUUAUAUGCUACGUAAAUGUUUUUUUUCCUACUCUUUCUUUUUAAAUCGGCCAUCUCUUCGUAGGCACUUUUAUUGAUAUGAUCCUAGAUGUUUCGAGAACCUGCAGUCCCGAACAAAAUAAAAUAGUUGGUUCGGUUACUGCACUUGUAUGAAUGCAUCACAUGUACAUUGUACCACACACUUACAAUUGCUAAUGUUUGACAUUCGAUAUGGCUUGUUUAUCUUGCAUUACCGCUUUUCGUUCGUAAGCACUUAGCAUGGUGUUGACGUGGUUAUCAUGUCAGUUGAUACCUAGCGAAACCAGCCAAUAUCACAGCAGAAGUCUCUAACCGUAACAAAUUGAGGUAAAACACUUCCCUGAUUACAGUAUAGUAAGAUAUAUUGCCACAGAUAACGCUGUUGAUAUAAUCGAGACACAUAAAAUGGGCAUUUAAUGAACAUUAGAAGAGUUUAUAUUGAUAAGGACAACAAGAGGGAACAUUAUGAAAUAACCUAGAAUGGGUAAACGAUACCAAGAGUCACUCGGCGGGCGACCGAGAGGGCAUAAGUUGUUGUCUGAAAAGAAGAUAGAGGUUUAAAGUGGAUGGAAGAGGAAAGUGGGGCUUUAAAAAACGAACGAUGGAGGCUUGAUUUGAGAGAGGUAGAGGUGUAUUGGACGCACAAAUGAUUCAGUACUUUAGGGGAAAAGCAUGGAGGCAUAUGUAUGAUACUGAUUACUUUAGAAAUUGUGCAGUGGAGAUGCAUGUUUAGCGGACGCACGAGUGACUCUGUGUUUUAGGUGAAAAGUGUGGAAAUACAUGUAUAGUACACGGGUGAGGGAGGUGUGACUGAGGAAUCGAGCAGUGGAGGUAUCAUGACGACAUGGUCGGAAGGUUCAAUGAGGAGUGAUUGAGAUGCAUUGGAAGGACGAGACUUGUGAGUCUCUAGGUGAUAUACCGUUGAUGUAUAAUUGAUGGUACGGUAAGAAUAAGCUGGGAUGUUAAGGGGACCAGCAGUGGGCGUACAGUAGACGGAUGAGGAAGCUGGAAUUUAAGAGAAGGAGCGGUGUGAGUAGUAUGGACGAAUGAGAGAGUCGAGGCUAAAGGGGAUGAGCAGUGAAGGUAAAGUUAAACGACGAGGAAGGUGGAAAGCAUGUCCAGCGGAUGGAUGGGGAAAGUCUUGGCAGCAAAGAUCCAGUGUCGGAGGUAAAGCGUACGAACGAGCGUUUUGUAGAUUUAGAGGCGAGCAGUGGGAGUAUGUUGAACCGACGAGAGAGUUAAGGAUUAAGGUGGAGCGAUGGAGGUCAUUGGACGGACGAGGAAGGUAGGGCUAUGGGUGGCGAAUAGUGGAUGUAUGGUAAACGGAAGGGCAAGGAAAGAAAUAGCGCAAGGAGCAUGCCAGUGGACAAUGGAAUAUUGGAAAAACAGACAUCAAAAGGUUGGCAAUGAAACGACAGAAAUUAAAGCUAUAACGAUAUUGAAUUAAAAUGUUGCAUAUAGACAUACAUGGUUUCAUAUUAUCUAAGGCUUCAAUUCAGUCAUGUCUAAAGCUGAACUGUGCACGUCUCAAUCUUCAAAACGAUAUGUAAAAGACAGCAAUUUUGAACAAGAAACAAAACAUACUUAAAUGAGUUGUUAAUGCAAAUAUCAAAGCAAAGGAAAAGAGGGUUGUUCCUUUUCUUUGCCUGACAACAAUUUCGAAUAUUUCAAAUGUCAUGAAUAACAAAUCUUCCAUGUUCAAGAUGAAUCUGUUCAUACUUUGAUCAUAGAGGGUCGUUCGGUCAUUCACCAUUAUUAGGACGCAAUUCUGUUGCUGUUUUAGAAUUGGAAUAAUGGAAUCUACACUUGGUGCAGUGUUCAAUUCUACCGAGUUCACCGGAUCUAACACCUGCGUUGUAACAUCAGCUACGGAUAAUGUUCCUAUGGACGAAUUCUGUGCGUUGUAUCGACAAAGAAUAGGACUUCCAAAUGUCAACACAUCUAUUUAUUGUGCCGACGGCAGGGCGUGUGGUGACAAUUGCCGAACCGUUACGGAUUCUUUGACGGAUCAAAAUGUAAAACAGAAAGAGGAUUCAAAGAGCAUGACCGACAACGCUCUAGUCUGGGAGAGUCGCAAACAUGGCGAUAGCAGGUUCCCGGGUGGAGAAAAACGGUAUCUAGAAGAAAUCACGAUUAAAAGGAUAGAGAAGAAGCAAAAGUCUCAAAAGACGUUAAAGAGUCAUGGCGGAAAGAGAUUGGAGAUCAAUACAAAGAGAGUCACAAAGGACAAUACCGAGAAAAUAGGACAGAAAUGUACAGAUGGGUACAGAAUACCAAUUAGUACAAUUGGCAAAAAGGAGUCUAGAUACACAGAAGAAAACAGUUGUCCGCCAUUGAAAAUAAAAACAGAUAAGGAGUUCUUCGGACAAAGCAUGGAAUCUUUUCCUCAAAGCAACAAGCACAGCAAGGAAAACAUAAAGUGUCGUAGGGAAUUGAAUACUGAACCAAUCACAACGACAUCAGACAUGUAUAUGGUGCGUAACACUCAGUCACAAUAUCAACAAACACCAUCAGAUGGAACAGCUCUAACACCACGCCAAUAUGACCAUGGUGAUGACUACAGCACUGUCGACUCUCUCAGACCAUCAACUAAUGAAGAGACGAUGCCGAAUGAUACUACGGGAGAUGGCAAUACAGUAGGUGCAACGUUGAGAGAACAAGUAAUACCCGAUCUGCAAGCUAACAAAGCUGAUUUACAACAGAGUGGUAGCAUUGAAGAUGACGACCGAAAGGAUGAAGUGUGUCGGUCUUCAUAUCCUGUUCGUAAUCCAAAAUUUGCAGAUGAACCGGCACGUAAUGCAACAUAUCUGUAUUGGGAACAAGGCGACCCAAGCGUGCAUAGCGAAGCUGGAUUCUUCUAUACAGGUGAUGAUGAUGUAGUUCGGUGUUUCCACUGUGACAUUGGUAUUGGCGGCUGGGACCUUACCUCCGAUCCCUGGACGGAACAUGCGCGUUAUAGUCCAGACUGUCCGUUCCUAAGAAACAUAAAAAGCCAAGAAUGGAUUGACAACAUCCAGGCGAAUUGGAGACAGAUAUUCAAACCAAAACAUCCCGAGUAUCAGCAAAUGGAUGCCAGACAAAAGACAUUCGAAAACGAUGAAUGGCGCCAAAUCAAUUCCUCAAUUACACCAGAACGUCUAGCAGAAGCUGGCUUUUUCCUCGAAGGAAAUCGAGUAAAAUCCUAUUACUGUGACGGAAUCCUGCGGAAAGAUGGGAGCACUGAUGAACCUUGGUUGAUACACGCCAAAACCUUUCCAUUUUGUAAAUUUGUGCAAACAUCUAAAGGAAAUGACUUUAUUGAAAAACACAGCAAUGAUCUUACCGGAAUAGAACGACCGGGCCAUCAUCUUCCAGUGGCGGCCGGACAAGAGGGACAUGUACUCCGAUUGUCAUGUGUCAAAGAGUUCUGCAUUAAGGAGGAGCGCGAUCCCAUGUGGUCAGCUGCUGCGCAGAGUCUACUGACAAUGGGCUAUGACAGGAAAAACAUCACAGGUGCAAUCAAAGCAUUUAUUUCCCGCACAGGAAGGCGAGAUUUUGAUGCGGGGGAUUUGAUUGAUAUCAUUCAAGAACAUGAACAGGCAUUCUUUGAGAAUAAACGACUUCGAAACCGGUUGCUGUGUAAAAGUUGUCGCACGAGAGAUGUGAUGAACAUAUCACUGCCCUGUGGCCACCUUGUGUGUCAGCAGUGUGCAGCAGGCCUUGUUAAGUGUGCUAGAUGUAACAAUACAAUCAAGGAGAACGUGAGGAUCUAUGUCGAUUAUGUCAGAUGAUAGUGUUUAUCAUUCAAAUGCCAUAGUGAUGACGUAAAACUCUCUUCAGCUUCACUGUUCUUACACGGAAAGUAGUGGACAUCUAUCAAUCUGACUGACCAUUUUAACAACUGAAGACACCAUUUGAUCAAAUAGUAUACCAAUUUGACUUUAGGUUACAUAUGAAGGUUUCUUCUUCGGGUAAAAUUACCUUCUUUACGAGGGAUAUACAAAAAUUUGUUUGAUAUGUUAUGUUUGUGUUCACUAUCGUCAUCUAUUCAAACUUUUUAUGAAUAAACGUUUAAAGAAUGAAAGAUUAUCGUUUAUUCCAUAUCCAACUGGUGACACCGAGAAUGAGUUGCAGCUGCGUUUAAUUUAUAUCUGUUGAAGAAUUUGACUACAUGAAGGAACAAAGAUGAUUUUGAUUUAGAUAUAUACAUAUAUGUAAGUACACUACAAUGACUGAGGUGCAUGUCGAUGUUUAUAUAGAGGUUACACAAUGAGUGGUUGUUGUAUAUGGUAUACGCUAAAGCUCGUGUUUUUUGUAACUUUUGAAAAAUAACAAACGAGAGUAAAAGAAAUACCAUUUACAACAACCCGUUCUGUAUGCAUAUAUAUGGGUUUGUUUACGAUAUCAGAUGGUAUUUCUUUCUUUCUCUCGAUUGAAAUAAAUACCACAUACAACAACCACGAGUUUGUGUGACC